AUGUCGACACCAAUCAUUGUAACAUUGGCUAAUAUUUCAAAAAAAUAUUACUAUAUUUACAGUUUGAAAACUUUCCGAGAAUACGCUAGUGCAUUUUAUUUAUGUGACAUGUCAUUUGCUAACAUUGGCAAUAUGAUUUCAGGUUUACUUUCUCGGAUUAUUAUCAGUGGGUUUCAUCAUGAUUUAACAGCGAUUUCACUUUUAAUCUGUAAAAUAAAAUCAUAUACAAUGCAAUUUUUCAUGCUGACUUCUUUGACACGCAUAUGUUUGUUACCCAUUGAUCAAUAUUUGCCUACGUGUGCUCGAAUUCAAUGGCGUCAAUGGAGUAAUAUUAAAACAGCUCAUCAUUUAACAAUACUAUUUAUUAUCGGUUGGCUUCUGCAUGGAAUUCUCUAUCUAAUAUAUUUUGAUUUAGCACCAUCUCCAGGCAUGGAUGAGACUAGCUGUGCCAGUAAUAGUGUAGCCUUUCGUCAAUAUCAUACCUAUGACUGUAUUAUCAAUUUGACAUGCAUUUUACCUAUUUUUGUUUCUGUUUUUUUUCGGAACCUUGCCUCAUAA